UCCUGUCCAGCGGCGUCCUGCGCGUCCGUCCCCAGGUCUAGUGCAGCCCAGCGAGCCUUCUGUCCUCAACAUGGCCAACAAAGGCCCCUCGUACGGCAUGAGCCGUGAAGUGCAGUCCAAGAUCGAGAAGAAGUAUGACGAAGAGCUGGAGUCGAGGCUGGUGGAGUGGGUGCUGGCGCAAUGUGGCCCUGAGGUGGGCCGCCCUGAACGUGGCCGCCAAGGCUUCCAGGUCUGGCUGAAGAACGGUGUGAUCCUGAGCAAGUUGGUCAACAGCCUGUACCCCGACGGUGCAAAGCCCGUAAAAGUGCCCGAGAAGCCUCCAUCCAUGGUCUUCAAGCAGAUGGAGCAGGUGGCGCAGUUCCUGAAGGCUGCCGAGGACUACGGGGUCACCAAGACUGACAUAUUCCAGACGGUCGACCUCUAUGAAGGCAAAGACAUGGCCUCCGUGCAGAAGACUCUGAUGGCAUUGGGCAGCCUGGCUGUGACCAAGAAUGAUGGGCACUACCGUGGGGACCCCAACUGGUUUAUGAAGAAGGCGCAGGAGCACAAAAGGGAGUUCACACAGAGCCAACUGCAGGAGGGCAAGCACGUCAUCGGCCUGCAGAUGGGCAGCAACAGGGGCGCCUCACAGGCCGGCAUGACAGGGUACGGCCGGCCUCGCCAAAUCAUCAGUUAGAGCUGAGCUCGAGCCUGAGCCUGGCCGCCCCUCCACUCGUGCCUCACCCACACCCAGAACCUCCUGCAACCAACCUCAGCUGUGGCCAAGCUUGAGGCUCCUCACCGAGCGAAGGUGACAAGCACACCUGGGCAGCAUCUGCAUCUGCCUCAGCCUGACUCCCCCAAGCACUGUCCCCCGCCUCCUCCCGGCUCCUCCCUCCUGCUGUCUCCCUCCUGGGCUCAGGGUGGGGACAGGGGCUGUGGCAGAGGGUGGGAGCAAGCCCACUGCCUUUGCUGGAAAGAGACCCAACUGACCUCCCCCCCUCUUAUUUCUGGAAUAUUUGUUUUGGGGGGGCUUGACAUUCAAAUGAGAAAAGAAAUAUAGAUUCAAUUGUUUCUCAGA